AAGUGAACCGCCGAUCGCGACAAAACCUUCUCUUCCGCGAUGAACUUCACUGCCGAGUUCUUCCCGGAAAACGGGACUCAACCAUCCGAGGUCAACGCAACAACCUUCGACUGCGACAGUUCGUCCUACAUCCCGCAAGGAAUCGCCUCGCUCCGCUUCCAGAUCCUGAUCUACCUGGCGUACAGCGCGAUCUUCCUGACCUCGAUCGUCGGAAACGUGGCCGUAUUCCUCGUGGUCCACUUGCUACCCCGCAUGAACACCGUCACCAACCUCUUCAUCGCGAACCUCGCCCUCGGCGACAUGCUGAUGACCAUCUUCUGCAUCCCGUUCUCGUUCGUGUCGAUCUUCGUCCUGCAGUACUGGCCCUUCGGCGCGAUCAUCUGCCGCAUCGUCAACUACUCCCAGGCCAUCUCGGUGCUGGUCAGUGCCUACACCAUGAUCGCGAUCAGUGCCGAUCGCUACCUGGCAAUCAUGUGGCCCCUCAAACCCCGGGUCACCAAACGACUCGCUCGGAUCCUCAUCUUUCUCGUUUGGACUGGUGCCCUCGCAACCGCUGCGCCCAUCCCCGUCUUCUCCACCCUGAUCCAACCGACCGAAUUCUACGAUCACUGCGAUCUCUCGAUCUGCACCGAGGUGUGGCCCGACGACCACUCCGAUCACGGCUACUCCCUAACCCUGAUGACCCUCCAAUUCCUCGCCCCGUUGAUCGUCCUCAUCACCACCUACGUCCAGAUCGCCUGCAAGGUCUGGGCCAAGACCCCUCCGGGCGAAUCCGUCAAACAGCGCGAUCAACGCAUCCUCCAGUCCAAGCGUAAGAUGAUCAAGAUGAUGAUCACCGUGGUGGCGGUCUUCACGAUCUGCUGGCUGCCGUUCAACAUCUUCAUGCUGGUUCCGCUGGACCCCGACUGGCGUCCGCUGCCCUACCUGUGGUUCCUGUUCCACUGGCUGGCGAUGUCGCACAGCUGCUACAAUCCGAUCAUCUACUGCUACAUGAACGAGAAGUUCCGACAGGGGUUCCAGCGGCUGGUGGAGAUGAUCGGGCGCCGGUGUUGCUGCUGGAUGGGCGCGACGCGGCGGAAGAGUGAUGCCAGUACCAAUACGGAGAUGCUGCAGUUGUUCCCGAGCACGACGCUGAUGACCACGGUGGCCAGUGGCGUUGGGAGUGCUGCGGGAAGUCGCGAGUGGUGCCGGAAGGGGUUGUAGGGGGUUGAAUUAAAGGUUUGACGACG